GUCUUCAAGAUGAUGUCCAAGUCCACCGAAGAUGCCUGCCGGGGAUCCAGAUAUUUGCAGAUCUGUGGCCAACUGGUGCAUGAUGAGCUGUGGGAUCCCGAAAGUUUUCAGUCUUGCUUGCAACACUAUUUCGAUGACCCGUCCCACCGCCCGCAUGAGAAAAUACGGAAAGUCAUCCGGAUGGAUAGGAAAAAUUUUUGGGGGCGCUACAUGCAGCACGGCCAUGUGAAAGGAAUAGGCGGGCCCGGUGCCCCCCAUGCCUUUCGACUGGAAAGGUUGGAGGAUUCAGGACUCCAAAGUGAUAGCCAUAGAUUGAAAACAAUGUUGAAUAGUUGUAAUGUUGGGGCAACAUGGUUUUUACUAUGA